AUGUCGAAAGGCAAAGUUUGUCUCGCCUACUCCGGCGGCCUCGAUACUUCAGUCAUCCUCGCUUGGCUAGUGGGACAGAAUUACGAAGUCAUCUGCUACAUUGCCGACGUCGGACAGGAGGAAUCCGAUUGGGCUUCGGUUGAGAAGAAAGCUCUGCAGAUAGGCGCGACAAAGUUGAUCGUCGAUGACUUGAAGCGGGAAUUCGUCGAAGAGUUGUGCUGGAAAGCUAUCCAAUGCAAUGCUGUGUAUGAGAGUCUCUACUUGCUAGGAACUAGCUUGGCUCGGCCAGUCAUUGCUCGAGGCCAGAUGAGGGCUGCUGCCCGAGAAGGGUGCCAAUUUGUGUCCCAUGGCUGCGUACGACCGACCACAUCACUCCUUGUAAGCGAGGUUAAUCGCUGGCAGACCGGGAAGGGCAAUGACCAAGUGCGGUUCGAGCUGACAUUCGCCACGAUCAAUCCCGAGAUACGAUGUAUUACUCCUUGGCGCCUGCCUGAAUUCUACAAGCGAUUUGAAGGUCGAAACGAUCUUCUUGACUAUGCCGCUAAGAAAGGGAUCCCCGUCUCGUCGACCAAGGCGAAGCCAUUCUCCAUGGAUGACAACUUUGCCCAUUGCUCCUACGAGGCGGGCGUUCUCGAGGACCCAGACGUAACGCCCCCAGAGGACAUGUGGACUAAAACAGUCUCCCCACUGAAAGCUCCCGAUAAGCCCCUUGAUAUCACGAUCUUCUUUGAAAAAGGGACGCCGGUGAAAGUUUUCACUCCGCAGCAGACUGCUACCGAUUCUGUUGAGCUCUUUGGGCUUCUCAAUCGAAUCGGCGGGGAAUAUGGAGUUGGCCGUAUUGACAUCGUUGAGAACCGAUUCAUCGGACUCAAGUCUCGUGGAUGCUAUGACUCCCCAGCUAUGACCAUCCUCCGUCUCGCGCACAUCUCCAUCGAGGGACUUGUCCUCGACGGCCGAGUCAUCUCUUUGCGAAACGCGAUGAGCCAGCAGUGGUCUGAGCUCAUCUAUCAGGGUGCUUACUUUAGCCCCGAGAGGGCAUUCUUGCAGCGUGAGCUUUUCAAGCACUGGGAAUUUCGAAAGACAGGUGAUCGUGAGCUCACACUCAUGACAGCGAGCCUUGACUACUCUCAGCAGAGGGUCAACGGUCAAGUCCGACUUCGACUGUACAAAGGCGGCGUGUAUGUACUCGGCCGCUCAUCGGAUGGGAAGCUGUACUCCGAGGAGGAUGCUUCGAUGGAUUCUCUUACUACGUUCGAUCCUCUGGAUACCACUGGGUUCAUUACUAUCCAGGCUAUUCGCUUGAAGAAGUACGGUAUGCAAAUGGCGGAGGCCGGUGCCAAGUUUUAA